AUGAUUACUAACUUUGAUAAACUUUGCGGAGAAUUAGAAAAACAAGAACUAGAGGCCCCUAAUGGAGUAGCUUUACCUUCCACAUAUGCUCAAUUAUUGGCUAUUUAUCUGUACCAAAAUGACUUAUGCAAUGCAAAAUUUUUAUGGAAAAGAAUACCACAAAACAUCACAAGCAGUAAUCCUGAAAUAGCAGCAAUCUGGGCUAUAGGUCAAAAACUUUGGAAAAAAGAUCUUGCUGGAACUUAUCAGACAAUUGCAGCUUAUACAUGGACUGAACCAAUUGCUAACAUAAUUAAGGCACUGGAAGAGAAAGUACGAGAAAGAGCCUUUAAUUUAAUUGGACGCUCAUACAGUUUUAUUUCUCUGGAUACAGUAAUAUCAAUGACUGGUCUUAACAAGGAAGCAGCCCUUCAUGUUUGUAAAGAACGCAAAUGGGAGCUUGAUGAGGAUGGAACUACAAUCAAACCAGUUCCUCCAGUGCAACCCGCACCAUUGCAUACUUCGAGCGAGGACCAGUUAUUCAAACUAACAGAGUUUGUAUCUUUCUUAGAAAACUGA